CCGUCACUUGCCUUUAGUUCGAGUGAUCAGUCCCUUGCGAGGCAUCUGAUCACUUGUUUGCAUAGCCAAGCCCGCUGUACCAACGCUCAAAUGCGGAGGCAGAGGAAGAAAGAGACACCAAGCUACAAUCGAUCACGUGCAUUUAAGAUGGAGGCUGAGGAUCUCUGAAUGCCAUGUCUUCUUCCUACAACCAACAGCUCUAGGCACAUUGCUCCGGCAAAUAUGCCGCCGAAGCGCCCCAAUGAGGCCGAAGGCGCCAAUGGCCUCGAGAGUGCAGUCAAAAAGCCGAGGACGAGUGCUGAGGGCGCAGGCCCCCAAAGCAUCCAGGCCCAGAUCGAGGCGGCGAGGGCCCGGGCACAAGCGCUACUCGCCAAGCACCAGCCGAACCUGAGGUCAGGUGCUAAUGGCAGCGGUCAAGAGGCUGGAUCCAGUGCAGCAUCGAGACCUGCUCAGCCGGUGGCACGACCGCCGCAAGCGCCCUCUAAUGGCGUGAGCAGCAAGCCUGCUUCUGGACUCGAUAUCGCCGCGAUGCAAAAGCAACUAGCAGAAGCCAGACAAAGAACACUGGAAAGGACCAGCAUGCUGACCAACAAGGGUGUUCUCCCUGCGUCAAGAGAACGAGAUGGCGAUGCUCGGGGAAGUGGCAUUCAUCCACUACUGUCCGGUAGAGGAGAGACAUCGUCAGCUCCAUCAACAUCGACUUCGGCCAGAGGCAAGCCGGCUUCGACCUAUACACCGCGCCAGAAUUAUGGCCCUAAAUUCUCCUCGCUGAACGCCAACAACAGAUUCGGGACCCCGUCGGCGCCGGGCCCUCUGUCGAGUGCGCUCGAGGUCCCAGAAAAGGUCAAUCCCUAUUUGAGUCAAACCGAUGGGGAUGAAGAGGCGGGCUUGUCUUCGGUCGCGCCAAAGUCGAGAAGCAUGCAUAAAGGGAUGGCCUUCCACCGACCUGGAAGGCACGUCAGGGCGGCUGAGGAGGCUAGGAGGGAGGCACAAAUGGAGGCUCUCAAGAAGAGGAUCCAAGAAAGCGCAAGAAAAGCGGGAAUGGAGGAGUUGAGUGCCGAAGAAAGGGCAUUAAGGCGCAAUCCGCCGCCCGAAGUCGAGUGGUGGGAUAUGGCUUUUCUUCCCGGCAAGACGUACGAUGCGGUCGCGAUACUUGACGCGCGCAAUGAGAAGUCCAAAGAGGGUGACGACGAUGGUGGGCCUCUCUUGGCGGGUGAAGGCAGUCCGAUCGAUCUCUACAUCCAACAUCCGAUUCCAAUCCCAGCUCCCACUGACAAAAACAAGGUGUCCGCCAAAGGCGUGAUGCUAACAAAGAAGGAGAUGAAAAAGAUGAGGAAGCAGCGCAGACUGGCUGAGCAGGAAGACAAACGCGAUCGCAUCAAGAUGGGCCUCCUGCCGCCGGAUCCGCCAAAAGUCAAACUCUCAAAUCUUAUGCGAGUCUUGACGUCCGAGGCUGUUGCGGAUCCAACCAAGGUGGAAGCGCAGGUGCGGCGAGAAGUGGCCGCCCGCAAGGACAAGCACGAGCGCACCAAUGAGGAGAACAAGUUGACCCCCGAAGAGCGCCAUGCCAAGCUGCUGGCGAAGCAGCAGAGUGACGAGGCCAAAGGUCUUUUCAGCCUCGUCUUCAAGAUUCGUCACCUGAUCUCGCCCUCGCACAAAUUCAAAGCCAGAAAGAAUGCUCUACAGAAUGGCUUGACGGGUUUGGCCGUCUUCCACGAAAAUUUUGCACUUAUAGUCGUGGAAGGCGCAAGCAAGGGGAUCAAGGCCUACAAACAUUUGAUGACGAACCGCAUCAAUUGGCAGGAUCCAGGGCGGCCCAAGGAAGAAGACGAUGACGAAACAGCAUCGUCUGCGGCAAAAGAAGGCGCCGGUGGUCAAGAUGAGCUUGCGAAGGUCGAAUGGAGCGAGAACCGAUGUGACCUCAUUUUUGAGGGUCCCAUUCGCGAACGCAACGUUGCGCACGGCUUCCGAGCCAGGAACGCGCCGAGCGAUACAGACGCAAAGGAGAUUUUGGGACCAAUGAUGGCGCCGUACUGGGAUCUCGCCAAACGGUUCAAGGACCCUUCCCUCGAGGAGUAGUAUCCGCUUCACAUGUAUUCUAUAAAUUCUAUCAAUUUCAUUAGAAAGGCUACGCUAGCCAUUGGGGUCU